CGGCGGAAGCGGCCUCAACAAGAGAAACUUUAUUGUUCCCGCUGGCGCGGCGAGGAUGUCGGUGAAUUACGCGGCGGGGCUGUCGCCGUACGCGGACAAGGGCAAGUGUGGCCUCCCCGAGAUCUUCGACCCCCCUGAGGAGUUGGAGCGGAAGGUGUGGGAGCUGGCGCAGCUGGUCUGGCAGUCCUCCAACGUGGUGUUCCACACAGGUGCUGGCAUCAGCACCGCCUCGGGCAUCCCUGACUUCAGGGGCCCCCAUGGCGUCUGGACGAUGGAGGAGCGGGGCCUGGCCCCCAAAUUCGACACCACCUUUGAGAGUGCGCGGCCCACGCAGACGCACAUGGCGCUGGUGCAGCUGGAGCGCGUGGGCCUCCUCCGCUUCCUGGUCAGCCAGAACGUGGAUGGGCUGCACGUGCGCUCCGGUUUCCCCAGAGACAAGCUGGCGGAGCUCCACGGAAACAUGUUUGUAGAAGAGUGUGUCAAGUGUAAGACGCAGUACGUCCGGGACACCGUCGUGGGCAGCAUGGGCCUCAAGGCCACGGGCCGGCUCUGCACCGUGGCCAAGGCGAGGGGGCUUCGGGCCUGCAGAGGGGAGCUGAGAGAUACCAUCCUGGACUGGGAGGACGCCCUGCCUGACCGGGACCUCACUCUCGCCGACGAGGCCAGCAGGAACGCAGACCUGUCCAUCACACUGGGCACCUCGCUGCAAAUACGGCCCAGCGGGAACCUGCCCCUCGCCACCAAGCGCCGAGGAGGCCGACUGGUCAUUGUCAACCUUCAGCCCACAAAGCAUGACCGCCACGCCGACCUGCGUAUCCAUGGCUAUGUGGAUGAGGUCAUGAGCAGGCUCAUGAAGCACCUGGGCCUGGAGAUCCCUGCCUGGGACGGCCCCCGCGUGCUGGAGAGGGCGCUCCCCCCGCUGCCCCGCCCGCCCGCCCCCAAGCUGGAGCCCAAAGAGGAGGCCCCCACCCAGCUCAACGGCCCAGCGCCCGCCAGCUCCAAGCCGGAGCCCUCAGCAGAGCCCUGCACCCAGCACAAUGGCUCCGGGCCCGCCAGCCCCAAGAGGGAGCAUCUGGACAGUCCUGCACCGCACAGGCCCCCCAAAAGGGUGAAGGCCGAGGUGGCCCCCAGCUGACCCGGGGGCCCGGGGAGGGUGGGGCUUUUGAUAGAAACCAUGGAUUCAUCUUUUCUUACUGGUCUCACUUUGUUACUUGUACCUGCCCAUGGGGGUAGGGGGGCGACCUCAGGGUGCUGAUGGCCGGGCUCCAGGCCCCAGG